ACAAUUGAAGCAAUAAUCGAGUCAUUUUUUUCGACAACAGUUUUGCCUGAAAUAUACCUGGCCUGAACAUCAAUAAUAAUUUUCCACGGAAACGGAUUAAAUGUGGUUGGGUGCAACAACGCAUUCAUUCAACAAACAGAAAGUGAUCCCUGGUGGGCAGAACGUAAAGGAAGUGCUACCUAUUGUGACCAGUUUGUGUAGUACCGGGGAAGACACAAACGGUAUAAAGAUCGAUGGUGAUCCAAUUACCUUAGGACUAAUGAAAACGAAGCACAGUGACAGUGUUUUUUCAACUAUUUCAAAUUCAGUUCUAUUCGGUAAAUCGUCGGACUAACACUUUGGCCGCUCACGAAGCGACGGACCUUCCCGCUGCUUGACAUAAACCUAAUUAGUUGUAGUUAAAGAAGUAGAUAAAAUAUUCCAAAUUGCAAACAUCUUCAAUCGGUUGUGUUCAGGUGUGUGUUACAGCUGGUUCCACGAGAAUACAUUUAAUCGGAACGGAAAAAUCGAGCAGAACAUUUUAUUUCCCGAUUACACUUGAAAGCAUUUUGAUUACCAGGACCAUCCAUCACCGGACGCCACUCGCCCCCGACGCUACCGACGUUUUCCAUCCCCUCUGUCAGAGAUGGACUUUGACGAAUACCGCAGAAGAGGCAAGGAAAUGGUCGACUACAUAGCCGACUAUCUGCAAAACAUUCGUGAGCGGCGUGUCCUGCCGGACGUGAAACCAGGCUACAUGCGUGAUCUGCUGCCCGAUUCGGCUCCCCUCGAGGGUGAACCCUGGCAGACGAUCAUCGACGACGUCGAGCGGGUGAUAAUGCCGGGCGUAACACACUGGCAGAGUCCCCAUAUGCAUGCCUACUUUCCGGCGCUUAACUCCUUCCCGUCGCUGCUGGGUGAUAUGCUGGCGGAUGCUAUAAAUUGCCUAGGAUUUACUUGGGCUUCGUCUCCGGCGUGUACCGAGCUGGAGUCAAUUGUGAUGAACUGGCUUGGCAAAAUGAUUGGCCUACCGGAUGAAUUUCUACAGAUCCCGGGUAUUAGCCGGGGUGGUGGCGUUAUCCAAACAACUGCCAGCGAAGCAACACUGGUUUGCCUGCUGGCAGGACGUACGGUGGCUAUAAAAAGAUUUCAUGAGCAUACGCCCGGACAGCAAGAUGCAGAAAUCAACGCCCGUCUGGUGGCGUACUGCUCGGACCAGGCGCACUCGAGCGUCGAGAAAGCGGCCCUAAUCGGAUUGGUGCGAAUGCGAUACAUCGAAGCAGACGAGAAUCUUAGCCUGGGUGGUCGCGCUCUGGAGGAAGCCAUCAAGGAGGACAUCAAGCAGGACCUCAUUCCGUUCUGGGUCUGUGCCACUCUGGGCACCACCGGAGCUUGCGCUUUCGACAACCUACAGGAGGUGGGUGAAGUAUGCGCCAAGUACAACAUGUGGAUUCACGUUGAUGCCGCGUACGCCGGAAGUGCAUUCAUCUGUCCGGAGUUCCGUGUGUGGCUGAAAGGCAUUGAAAAGGCCGACUCGAUUGCGUUCAAUCCGUCCAAAUGGCUAAUGGUGCACUUCGACUGCACCGCGAUGUGGAUUAAAAACAGCGGAGCUCUUCAUCGGACGUUCAACGUUGAGCCACUUUAUUUGCAGCACGAGAAUUCCGGAUUGGCUAUCGAUUAUAUGCAUUGGCAAAUUCCGUUGAGCAAACGUUUCCGGGCAUUGAAAUUGUGGUUCGUCCUGCGCAGUUACGGUAUCAAAGGUCUUCAGAAGCACAUCCGGGAAGGCGUUCGGCUGGCGCAGAAAUUCGAAGCUUUGGUUCUGGCAGAUCAUCGCUUCGAAAUUCCAGCUGCGCGUUAUCUUGGGAUGGUGGUGUUCAGAAUUCGGGGUGAAAACAAACUUACCGAAAAGUUACUGAAGCAGCUGAACCACCGUGGAAAUAUGCAUGCCGUUCCUGCGUCACUGAAGGGCAAAUACGUUAUUCGAUUCACCAUCACUUCCACCCACACGACCAACGAUGACAUUCUGAAAGAUUGGAAUGAGAUUAGAAACGUCACCAGUCAGCUGUUGGAAGAAUUGAACGUUAAGAUUGCGGAUCGAUCGAGAGUUCCUUUGAAAGACACCCGUGAGAAGAAUGAAGCAUUUGGUUCCAGUCUGCUGUUGGCCAACUCUCCCAUGUCGCCGAAAAUUGUCAACGGUUCGUUUGCUGCUAUUUACGAUGCAGACGAAUUUCUAGCUAAAGUCUAUGCCGGGAUAAGGAUUUCGAAUCAAGAUUCGCCUGCCAUGAAACGUCGCGUUCGGGGAAUACUAAUGUCCGGCAAGCAGUUCUCGUUGGACUCUCACAUGGAUCUCGUAGUUCACGGUAUCAAACCAAACGAGGCCAAGAAUGGUAUUGAAUCGAAAGCAAUUACCGAAGACUGCGAGGAGGUAUGGGAAGCUUGUGAACAGAUGGAAGUAGUACAUCAAGAUUCCGUGGAGAGCCUGGACAGUCGGUUCUUGCUCCCGAUGCCAAUCACCUGUCCGUUACCGUCACCGUCGCCACGACGUCGCUUCCGAUCGCAAAGUGUGGAUGUCGGGAUGCUUCAAGUCCCGACCGAUGUUAGAAACCUGAAUCGAUUAUUGAAUGUACCGUUAGCCCUGAAAUCCGAACCCUACUAUUCCGACGACUCACUGAACCGAAUAUUCCUUUCACCGUGCGCAUACGCUUCCAACGUCUCAUCCGCCAACCGGUCCUACGAAUCCAACCUGGACUCCAUCGACGAGCAUAGUUCUGUCCAGAUUCCUGCGUCAAAACGUCGCUGCUCGGACAGCCAUCAUUUGAUGUCACUGCCCGGAACGAAUGUUUAUCCGGAAAAACGUCUCUCCGACCCCUCAAUUCGUUGCGCGUUCUACAACAGAAGUUUCGAUAUCCUCUGUCCCAAGGUGGGAGAUUCGAGCAAGCGGGUUCUGUCCCAGAAUGAUAUCACGAGACGACCUUUCCAACGGCAGAUUUCUACCAUCGAUGAACGAAUCGUAGAUGAAGUGUGUGUUGACAGUGAAACGCAGGAUCGAAACAAGAUGAACCUGAUUGCACCCAAGUUCCAGUGCUGCAUCUCGGAUGAAGAUGGACGUUGCAUCAACUUUGAUCCCAUCUACCACAAUCACGAUCCGGAGUUGAAUGCGAAAGAUCUACUACGAAAACGAUUAGAAUUCGAGGAGGAUUUUGUUGAAAGGUUCGAGCAGGUUUGUCCCCAGAUUGACGACGGGGGGGAUCGCGUGCCAGAUGAAGCUACCAGUUGCAGUGCCGCACGACGGUUCGAUUCCCAAGGCGGCCAUUGUGACGAUGAAGUCAUAUACGAGAAUGUGAAAGUUUGUCGGAAGUGUGGACACUGCACUGUCAGGUUAUAAUAUAAAGUGAGUGUGUCGUUUUCAUGCUAACUGUACAAUGUCAUACAAUUAAACCUGUGAAUUAUAGCGACUCAAUGUAUGUAUAGAAAUAAGGCCAAAAAAAAAUAUUUACCACUGGUUAGGCCCUGCAUAAGGCCGGGAGAGGAUGAACUAUUAUUUUUCUAUGUAUCAUAACAAAAAGUAACAGUGAAUUUAUUCUGAUAUCCGCGAUGAUUGUCGAUUGUCGAACACUAGUUUUCAAGGAACCAUCAUUACUCGUUAAUUGUACAAAGCCAAGAUCCAAGAAUCUACAACACAUCGUAAAAAAAAAAUCUAUCUGCUGUGCGUGUCAAUAAAUUACCCCAGGCGUGACAAUUAGCUCGAUUCGAUCGAAUCCAUGACUGCUCAACGCAUCCAAUCUAAUAGGAAAUGAUAAGAGGAAAAUACCGACCAUUAAACAUGUGUUAGCAUUUAGCAGUAAGCAAUGUAGAAGAAGAAAAAAAAAAAUAGCAGGCAAAUAUCGAUACACUAAUAAAAAUAAACGCAAAUUACUCAAACAGAAAACAUUUCUGAAUUAACAAGCGGGCAUCCUCGGUGAACGCGGCAUAGCAACAAAAAAAAAACCAACAAACUUCCUAAUUUAAUAGCUUGCCAGUGGAUACUUCGGUGUUUGCUACAUUAUUCGCUUGGAUCAGUCCAUCAGUUAUCCAGUGCAUCCGUGCCCGGAAAGGGGGAACCAGCAAACAAAUCGUAACCAAUUAUACCAAUAAGUACAAGUCAUUGAACUGCAAUCACGCAAAUCUA